UUAAUGUAGGGUGGGGCUCUAUUCAGAACUGCCUCCAGUGGUGGGACACACACAGUUUUGUCUAGUAAACUCCCGUUAGCGCUGAACCCAGGCCAGCAUCUGUCCAAACGGAGAACGGAUCCAUCAAAACAGAUAUUUGGUAUCUCUUUUGGUAUCUCUGUACGACAAUGCGCUUUUGAUACGCGUCGGCGUGGCGCGUGAGUUGGUGGUGCGCUGCCUCUAAAAGUUUCUCAAGUUCAGUCUGAGGAAAAGAUAUAAUGCGCCUUCAAAGCGACGAGCUUCAAUGAAAUCAUGGUUUCGUUCAUCAGUGGUAGGUGGUGGAGAUGGAAGUUCCAGAAGAUUCUCUCAGUUGUCCUGCUGCUGAUGUGCCUUCAAACAUCAGUAGCACCAAGCUGCACCGCCAACUGCAAUGUGCUGCUCACCGACUCCCUGGGUUCAUUUACUUCCCCCUGCUACCCCUCUGACUACCCACCCAGUCAGGCCUGCAAAUGGACCAUACAGGCCCCAGCCGGCUUCAUAGUGCAGAUCACCUUCCUAGAUUUUGAUCUCGAGGAAGCGCACGGCUGCAUCUAUGACCGUGUCGUCGUCAGCACUGGCACGAGCGAUGUCAAAUUUUGCGGUUUAACAGCCAAUGGAUUUACUCUCAACUCCACUGGAAAUGUAAUGGAGGUUGCCUUUAAUUCAGACUUUAGCGUCCAAAAGAAAGGCUUCCAUAUCAGUUACAAGCAAGUGGCUGUGGCUCUGAGGAACCAGAAGGUCACAAUACCAAAGAGCAGCAAGAGUAUAGUAAGAGUGGCCAACUCAGUCACCCUUCCUGAACUUACCGCAUUCACUGUGUGCUUUGAGAUUGCCCGCACUGCCGAAAAGAGCACAGAGACCAUCUUUACUCUGUCCGACGGUGACAGGACAACAUUACUGGCAUUUGAAAAGACAGCGAGCGGAAUGAUGCUAUACAUAGGCAGUUCCUACUGCUCUGUAAAUGACCUGAUCACAAGCUCGGACAUCACCUUGGACAUGGCGCUCAUCUGUCUCACCUGGACCAAGUCUUCUGGCCUCGUGGCGCUGUACUUUGGAGGCAGAUAUCGUGCCAACAUCUGCGCAUCCUCUCAGAUUUACACUCUGCAGAGUGGAGGCAUCUUCCAGAUUGGAGGAAAAGGGUCAAACUUGGUCAGUGCGGAUGAACAGAAUAUGGACGGCUUCAUUUACAAUUUCCGGUUGUGGGAUUAUGCCAUGCCUUACUCAGAGCUAUCCGCCCUCACCUGUGAUGUAGAGGGUAAUGUCGUUGACUGGGAUCAUCACUUUUGGACUAUCCCAGGCAGUUCCACGCAGACCGACAGCACACUCAGCUGCAUCUGUUACCCAAACUGCAUACAUUUAACAUCAGCCGUUUCAUCUAGUGGUACAGCCAUACCAAGUCUUCCCCCACAAUCCCCAAGUUGUCCUUCCCCUGGACUUGGCUGCCCAGCAACAUUAACCGUUACCAACGCAUCCAUUGCCACCACUAACACGAUUUCUACUAAUGCAACAGCCCACGCUCACACUACCACUCUUUCACACACAAUUACUUCUAGCAUCCCUCCUCUAACCACACACUCUGCUCAGCUCACGACCGCUAGUGCUAACACAACAACCACUACUACUGCUGAUGCUACUAACCCACAUCUGUCCAUCAGCAAAACCGAUGAGGGUAUUUUCUACAGGAUAUCCCUUGUGGUAAAUGAUGCAGAGACAAACACCCCGGAGAGUGAUGUUGAAACCAUGAUAGCUCAGUGGCUCAACCAAACGUUUCAGAACUGGAUCUAUAAAGUUUACAUUGAUAAUGUUAGACUUGGAUCUAAUACCCUUCUUUCAAGAUCUGCAACUAUACGGUAUACCUGCAUGGCCCUGCUGGUGUACACGAAUACCUUAAAUGCACAUCUGGCAGUGGGAGAAAUUGAAAACAAAAUGCUUAGUGCCACUGCCAUUGGGAAUGGCUUGAUCUUGGACAGCGUGACUGUGAGCUUAAUGGAAAACUGCCAGUCAGAGGAGGUUCCAUUCCACUACAGAUGGCCGGAGAGCCGACCCACAGUCAACCAGUAUGUGCCCUGUUUCCCUUACAAAGAGCAGAAUGCAUCCAGGACUUGCAUGAUCAGUCCAGAUAAUUACACAUCAUUUUGGGGGCCCCUGGACCUUGGAAACUGUACGGAUAUAGAGAACAUUCCUGUUACACAAGAGAAUGCAAUAGACGUGGCUGUACAGCUCGCCGAUAUUACCAACAAUGAGCUCUCUACGGAAGAGGUGACAAAGGUUGUCUCCAAAGUGAAGGAGCUGGUCAAUAUGGUCAAAAUCAACGCCACACUGGCCAAAAACGUAGUUGAGAUUAUAUCCAAUGUGAUGACCAGCUCAGAGACCGCUCAGCUGGCUGCUUCAGAAACAGCUCUCAAAGCAGUGGAUGAACUGGUGCAGAAGGUUGAAUUUGAUGGACCCUCGUUGACCAUUAAAUCCAAAUAUCUGGCUGUGGGGAUUUCUGCCUUCAAUGCCAGCAGCUACAACGGGAGCACGUUCAGUGCAUUUAUAUCCUCUAACACAACAGAUCCUCAGAUUGAUUUGGAGUCAGAGGCCCAUAAUGCUUUGGCUGUGGUCACUUUACCGCCCACACUGUUGCAGAACCUGAGCAGCACAGAAGUGGAAAGAACGUCCAGAUUACAUUUCAUGUUCUUCAGCAAGACAGGGCUCUUUCAGCACUUUGGAUCAUUCAUGGAUCAACAAAGUAAUGGCCUGUCCCUAAAAAGCUAUGUGGUGGCUAGCAGUGUGGGCAACUUAACCAUCAAAAACCUGCAGGACCCUGUCAGGAUAGAGAUUGCCCAUUUGGAGUACCAGAGAGAACCAAAGCCUCUUUGUGUGUUUUGGGAUUUCAGCCUCCAAAACGGUUCUGGCGGCUGGAGCAGUGAAGGCUGUGAGGUCAGCCCGGAGUCCAACAGCAACAUGACCAUCUGCUUGUGUAACCACCUCACACACUUUGGCAUUCUUAUGGACAUCUCUGGAGCUGCUGCGCAGAUUGAUGCGAAGAACAACAGAGUUCUUACCUUCAUCACUUACAUCGGCUGUGGCAUCUCUGCGAUCUUUUCAGCAGCAACACUGCUCACAUACAUCGCUUUCGAGAAGUUGCGGCGAGACUAUCCCUCCAAGAUUUUGAUGAAUCUCAGCACAUCCCUGCUCUUCCUCAACAUGGUGUUUCUUCUGGACGGCUGGCUGGCAUCAUACGAGAUGGAGGGGCUAUGUGUGACAGUGGCGGUCUUUCUGCAUUUCUUCCUUCUUACAUCCUUCACCUGGAUGGGCUUGGAGUCCAUCCAUAUGUACAUUGCCUUGGUGAAGGUUUUCAACACGUACAUACGGCGAUACAUCCUCAAGUUUUGCAUUGUUGGGUGGGGUGUCCCUGCUGCGAUUGUUGGCAUCGUGUUGGCUGUCAGCAAAGAUUCCUAUGGAAAAGACUAUUAUGGAAAAGGAGAGAACGGAAAGAGCUCACCUGAAUUCUGUUGGAUUCGAACCAAAGCGGUUUUCUACGUGACAUGCGUGGGCUACUUUUCCAUGAUCUUCCUGUUGAACGUUGCCAUGUUCAUUGUGGUCAUGAUUCAGAUCUGCGGGCGUAACGGCAAGCGCAGCAACCGGACGUUGCGAGAGGAGAUCUUGCGUAACCUGCGCAGCGUGGUCAGCCUGACUUUCUUGCUUGGCAUGACCUGGGGCUUUGCCUUCUUCGCUUGGGGUCCAGUCAGCCUGGCCUUUAUGUACCUCUUCUCCAUUUUCAACUCCCUACAGGGGUUAUUUAUAUUUGUGUUCCACUGUGCUCUGAAAGAAAAUGUACAGAAACAAUGGAGAAGAUACUUAUGCUGUGGAAAGUUCCGUUUAGCUGACAAUUCAGAUUGGAGCAAGACUGCCACUAAUAACACUAAGAAAGUGAGUUCUGAUAAUCUGGGGAAAUCCCUUUCGUCCAGUUCUUUUGGCUCUACCACAGCAAACUGGACAUCCAAAGCCAAAGCCACACUAAACCCCUUUGCCAGGCACAGUAAUGCAGGUAAAAGUUUCUCCAAUCAGAGCAGCCCAAAAAGCAGCCCUUCCGAAGGGGAGGCGUCCUCAUCCAUACGUCCCGUGCAUCAGGUCCUGGACAAAGUGAAGGGCUACUGCUCGGUGCGAUCUGACAACUUCUACAAAAACAUUAUAAUGUCAGACAGCUUUAGCAAUAGCACCAAAUUCUAGUGAGAGGGGCUAAAGAGAGGUUGUAAAGACAAAAUCAUGUUCAUACUCUAUCAUAUGAAUCGAACCCUCCCAACCUUUCCCAUCAGGAGUAGAAAUGUAAAACCCUGUAGAGAGGGACAGCUAUGAAAGUGUGGAUUUUACAUACUGUGAUAUUCAGCUUAUACUGACUUUGUGAUCUGUAAAUAGUCAUAAUAUAUUUUACUGUUUGUGCCUUUUCUAAUUUCUGUUUUGCGUACAUUCUUUUUUGCACAUCGGUUUUGAGUCUUUUUGUAUAUACUGUGUAAAUGCUUGCUACGAUAUUCUUCGGAGAGAGUCAGCGGGACCAUUUGGUAUCCAAAGACUAAGGUAUAUUUUCCCAUCUGUUGGGGACUAGAAGAACAAGAUAGGUGGGAGCCUGAAUCGUCUCGCUUGUGAAUUUUGCUCUGGUUUUGUCAGAGGUAGCUAUUCUUAUCCUAAGCAGCAGUCAUGUAUACAUUUUCACUGUACAUUAGCGAGUCUUUAAAGCUUAUUUAAAUGCCCUCUGUUUUAGACUUCCCAGGAUCUACUACUGAUUAACAUAAUACAGAAAUUUGUUGUUGUUUUUUUGCAACAUGGUCAUUGUUCUUGUGUUUGAGUGCGUGCAGUUAUACCAAAAACAAUAGUCAGUCUAGAAAUGUAAUUCUCUAUGUCCCAGACCUCUGUUGUAUGGCAAUGGAAAACAACAGCUUAACAUCAAAUCUAACACGUUCAUUUGCUGUAGUUUAAUGACAUUGUUAUGUUGACUUGGUAUUUAUCUUAACGGCUUUCCAAACAUGUAUGUGCUUCAGUCAAGAAUGUGUUAGUAAAGUACAUGCUUAUCAAGGGCUAUUCAGUUUGCUCUUGUCUUCAAUGUAGAUCAUCAAUGUAUAGUGUUUAUGGAUGCUUUAUUGAAAAUGUGACAUCCUGCUUAUUAAAUGCACGUA